AUGAAUAGCACGAACUUAACGGAAGAGAAGCUCUGGUGGAAGGAAGGCGUGGCAUACCAAAUAUAUCCAGCUAGCUUCAAGGAUAGCAACGGAGAUGGCCUGGGGGAUAUCCCCGGUAUCAUCAGCAAGGUGGACUAUUUGAAGGACUUGGGCAUUGACAUCGUCUGGGUGUCUCCGAUGUUCGAAAGCCCACAGAUCGAUAUGGGAUACGACAUAUCGAAUUACGAGGCUGUCUACGAGCCCUACGGAACAGUUCGGGACAUGGAAGUCCUCAUCGACGAGUGCCACAAGAGAGGCAUGCGCCUCAUCUUGGACCUCGUCGUAAACCACACAUCUGAUCAACACCAAUGGUUCAAAGAGUCCCGUUCGUCCAAAGACAACCCCAAGCGGGACUGGUACAUCUGGAGACCACCCCGGUAUUCCGAGGACGGGACACGGAUGGCCCCGACCAACUGGCGCAGCUACUUCAGCGGCACGGCGUGGGAGUGGGAUGAGCACACGCAAGAGUACUUCCUUCACCUGUUCGCCAAGGAACAGCCCGACCUGAACUGGGAGAACGACGAGUGUCGCAAGGCCAUCCACGACAGCGCGAUGCGCUUCUGGCUGGACAAGGGCGUCGACGGCUUCCGCAUCGACACAGUCAACAUGUGGUCCAAGGGCCCCGUGUCCGAGCUCAAGGACGCCCCCGUCGUCAACCCCAAGACGUUCGACCAGCCGGCCUGGUGCCUCUACGCCAACGGGCCCAGGAUGCACGAGUUCUUGCGGGAGAUGAACCGCGAGGUCCUCGCUAAGUAUGAUACGAUGACUGUGGGCGAAUUGCCACACACGCCGGAUCCGAAGCGGGUGCUGGAAUAUGUUGGUCUGAACGAUAGGCAGCUAAGCAUGGUAUUCCAAUUCGAUAUCGUCGACCUAGGCCAGGGGUCGCCCUACAAGUACCAGUUUCAGCAGUGGACGCUGCCGCAGCUCAAGUCGAUCGUGGCCAAGUGGCAGCAGUUCAUCGAGGGCACGGACGGGUGGACGACGGCGUUCUGCGAGAACCACGACCAGGGCCGGUCCGUGUCGCGCUUCGCGUCCGACGACCCGGCGCACAGGGAAAAGUCGGCCAAGCUGCUGGCGCUGAUGAUGUCGUCGCUCACGGGCACGCUGUUCGUCUACCAGGGCCAGGAGAUCGGCAUGGUCAACAUCCCGAGGUCGUGGCCCAUCGACGAGUACAAGGACAUCGAGGCGCUGGGGUACUACGACGAGGUGAAGAGGGCGACGGGCAACGACAAGGCGGCGCUCGACGCGGUGCUCGAGAACAUGUCCAUCCUGGGCCGCGACAACGCCCGCACGCCCAUGCAGUGGGACGGCUCGCAGCACGGCGGCUUCACGGAUGCGGCAGACGGCCCUUGGAUGCGCGUCAACGACUCGUACACCCAGAUCAAUGUCGCCGACCAGCUGGCGCGGCCCGGCUCGGUGCUGGGCUUUUGGAAGAGCAUGAUCCGCUUCCGCAAGGCGCAUGCAGACCUUCUCGUCCACGGCACGUUCGAGGUCGUCGGCGCGGACGACGAGAAGACGUUUGUGUUUGUCAAGAAGCGGGGCGGCCGGGAAGAGGAGAUGGCGCUCGUGGCGCUCAACUUCUCGGGUGAGGACCAGAAGGCUGGGUUCCCUUCGUACGAAGGGGGACGCUGGGCGUUCCAGUUUGGUAACUAUGGUGAGGACGAGGACCCACGGGCUAGUGAAGGUAGCGUUGUGUUGAGGCCUUGGGAGGCGCACUUGUACCUGUUUGAGAGGGGCCGAGCCUGUAACGGCUAUGUGAAUGGUGGCCCUUGA